AUAAUUAAAUUAUACUCGAUAGCGUAAAAUAAUUAUAUAUUUCGUCGAGAAACGUCGCGAUGCAUAAUCUGUGCUUUCGAAAGGGCUUUCGAGCCAACAUACAUUUGUUUGGGUCCAAGAGACGUGUCAGCGAGGAAUGUUACAGGGAUUUGUCCAAUCAACGAAAACGUGGUGUCAUCGGUGAAGUAAACCUGUCAUCCGACACACAAAUCAACGCCUUCAAGAAGGACGAAAAGACAAAGGAGCUCAUCAGAGGCGCCAUUCUGAAGAACAAAUUUCUGAACGAUCUCGACGAGUCGCGAAUAAAUACCCUCAUUUCAGUGAUGUAUCCCAAAAACGUUAAAUCCAAUACGCGAAUAAUCCACGAAGGCGAAACUGGUUCUCACAUGUACGUUUCGGAAGAAGGCAACUACGAGAUCUACGUAGACAACACGUACCACGGGAGUUUCGGCCCUGGAGUUGUUUUUGGGGAACUGGCCCUGUUGUACAAUACGAAAAGACUGAGCUCCAUCGACGUGGUUACGAACGGAAAAGUCUGGGUGCUUGACCGACACGUAUUUCAAACGAUAAUGCUGCAGAGCAACGAGGAGAACGUGCAGUACCAUCUCAAGCUACUUCGUAAAGUCCCGAUAUUCAAAGAUCUACCAGAAGAUGUGCUUCUAAAAAUAUGCGACCUAAUAACAGUGGAAUUCUAUCCUGCGAACUCGUACGUGAUACGGGAAGGAGACUGGGGUACCAAGUUCUUCAUCGUGAACUGUGGAAACGUGAGAAUCACGGCGAACAAAUCGCACGGGAUGGAGGAGGAAUUGACAAUACUCAAUAAGGGCGAUUAUUUCGGUGAAAAAGCAUUGUACAGCGAGGACGAAUCGCGCCGAAAGGCGAACGUCGUCGCGUUGCCUCCGGGAGUCGAGUGUUACACCAUAGAAAAAUCAGUGUUUCAGAAUUAUCUAGGCGGAUUGGACUCCAUCAAAAACAAAAACUGGCUGCAUCACCAGGAGAUGCACGUACCCGACGACUGGGAUCCAAAGUUCCAAAAAUUGACCUUGUCGGAUUUAGUGGUCGAAGGAACGCUCGGGACUGGUGGCUACGGCAGAGUGGAGCUGGUAAUCACGGAGUCUAUGCCCUAUACUAGCUUCGCAAGGAAGAAGGUAAAGAAGUACAUGAUUACACAGGGUGGCUUCCAGAAGAUGAUCUACAAUGAGAAGAAUAACUUGAGACUAUGUAAUUCGCCCUUCAUCUGCAAGUUGCACAAAACUUUUAAAGACAAAAGAUAUCUCUAUUUCCUAAUGGAGGCGUGUCUCGGUGGAGACCUAAGGACAGCCUUGCACAGAAAGGGCAAAUUCGAUAAUUCGUCAACCCGAUUCAUCAUUGCCUGCAUCGUUGAGGCCCUGCAUCACCUUCACUCGCUCGGAAUUAUCUAUCGAGACAUGAAACCUGAAAACAUUGUGAUCGACAGCCAAGGCUACCUUAAGCUUACCGAUUUUGGGUCCAGCAAAAAGAUUUGUGGUUAUAAAACAAGAACUUUUGUAGGAACGCCGGAAUACUUGGCUCCGGAAAUUAUUCAGAGCAAAGGAUACAACGAAGCUGCUGAUUAUUGGACAUUGGGAAUCCUCACGUACGAACUACUUCUAAAUCGAACACCUUUUCAAGAUGUCAACGACAUGGAAAUGUACAACAAAAUAAUUGAAGGUUUUAAUGAAUCACUUGUACCGCCUAUCGUGAAAAAUACAGCGAAACAGUUCAUCGCAUCUCUGCUGCAGAACGAUCCCGUUAAGAGAUUAGGUUAUCUGCGAAAUGGUGUUGUUGAUAUUCGCAACCAUAGAUGGUACCAUUAUUUCCCAUGGCAGGAAUUGCAGAAACAAACGAUGCCUUCUCCCAUUGUGCCGAAUGUUAAGAAUCACCUCGAUCUAAGAAACUUCGACAGAUGUCCACGCGAUUAUACAACAGCGCCAACCGAUUUCUCCGACUGGGACACGAAUUUUUAAUUUAACAUAAACUCACUACACAGUGUAUUUUCUACUAGUUAAUUUUGUACAUAGAUAUUAUGGAAUUCCUUCAAUUUGACAAUAUUUAAAUUAUAAUUUUUACUUUGUACGAAAAGUUAAAAUGUGUCUUAUAUUACUCACUUUGAUACUUGAAGCUGUGUCGUAAUAUAUACGCAAUUACAUAA